AUUACUGAUAGAUUUUUGUCUUUUCUUUUUUUUCUUGCUUUAAUAAGUGUUGGAGCUUUUGAAAACCAGGGACAUGCUCAGAAACCUUGAGAUGAAGCGGGAAACUGUAAAAGCUGAUGUCACAGAGAGACCUCCUGAAAUCAAACCAUGUAGUACAGUGCAGCCCACAUGCCCGGAGCCUGAAGUAAAAAUUAUGACACAACCGUGCAGCCCAAUACAAACUACAAGCCCACAACUUCCUGAUAUAACUAUGAAUGAUUCAUGUUAUAAAUGUGAAGAUGGCUGGGAGCAACAUGGAGGAAAUUGCUAUUAUUUCUCCACCAAGUCAUCCUCUUGGAAGAAGAGCAGAACUGAAUGUAUCACUAAAGGAGGAGACCUGGUUAAGAUAGACAGCAUUGAGGAGCAGAUAUUAUUGCAGAAAAAAAAUGGAAAAUUCUGGAUCGGACUGACAGACUCAGCAGUAGAGGGCAGAUGGCUGUGGGUGGACGGGUCACCACUGAAUGAAAGGUUGACAUUUUGGUUCGGUGACGAGCCAAAUAGUUGGCCCGUGGAAGAUCCUGAUGGAGAGGACUGUGCGAUGAUGGGGCACAAUGGGAUAAUGUUUUGGUUUGAUUAUUCCUGCAAAUUAACUCUUAGAAGUAUUUGUGAGAAAGCAGCUGUGGCUGUGUGUGUCUAAAAUUCAGUUCAGCAUUAAAAAAAGAAAACAGUGGAAGUAAAGGACACAUUGAGACAAUUUUUCCAAAGCUAAUGCUGCAAACAUUUAAAGCUUC